UAAUAGUUGCGGGGACAAACACGGCAUCCAUAACAAUAGAAUGGGCUAUGUCGAAUUUGUUGAACCAUCCAGAGAUACUCAACAAAGCGAGAGGUGAAAUCGAUGAGUUAACCGGAUCAGAUCGGUUAGUGGACGAACAGGAUAUUGUUAAUCUUCCUUACCUCCAAAAUAUUGUGUCGGAAACAUUUCGUCUGUACCCUGCUCUGCCGCUGUUAGUCGCUCGCAUGUCAUCGAAUGAUUGUAAAGUGGCUGGAUAUGAUAUGCCACGUGGUACGAUGCUACUGACUAACGUGUGGGCCAUGCAUAGAGAUCCAAAGUUAUGGAAAGAACCUGAGAGGUUCAAGCCAGAAAGAUUCGAGGAGCAAGGGGAGGAUAAGAAGUUGAUGCAGUUUGGGUUGGGACGACGUGCUUGUCCUGGAGCCGCACUUGCUCAACGGUUAGUGUGCUUUGCUCUUGGAUCUUUGGUUCAAUGUUUCGAGUGGAAAAGAGUUGAUGAAAAAUAUGUGGAUAUGACCGAAGGCAAAGGAGCCUCUAUGCCCAAAGCCACGCCGUUGCGAGCUAUGUGCAAAGCACGUCCCAUUGUUGGUAAAGUGAUGUAG